AUGAAAUCAAAUGAUUUUCGUCGCAAACCACUGAAAAUUCGAAUGAGAAAUUUUUCUCUAGAAGAUGAAAAAUAUUGGAUUCAACCGAGUCGAUGUUGUUCAGUAGAUAUGAGUUCGAGAGAAAUGAUCAAUAAAUUGAACGAGAUGGAACAAGAAGAAAAACUUUUCAUAACUUAUGAUGUGAUUGAAAGAAAUCCGAAGUUUGCUACAGUUGGUGGAUCAAUUUUCGAAUUCAUAAAUCUUACUCUCAAACCUGUAUUGAAGUGCCAUUUAUCACAAAUCAAAGAUAUUGCAAUGCUACAUCUUAUAACUUCUGCAUUCUUCAAAAGGUUGGUUCGAAAAUAAAGAAGUUCAGAUAAUGUUAAUUGUAGCACAGGAGUGAUUUACUCGAAAUUUGGUCGGAAUGUGAACAUCCAAUGUUUGCUGGUCUUCUAGUUGUUUAUAUUUCAAAUAGAAUGAGAAAAUUGUUCCUAGAGCAACAUGAACCAGUACUAGCUGAGGCAUUCGAGAAGAUUCAAGAGUGAGUUAGGAAUAUCCUUUUAGAUUUUUGUGUUUGCAUUUGUAUUUUCAGUGCAUUUGAUGAUGAGUGUACAAGUCUUCUUGAUCAAUGUUUUCAUAGUAGUGAACGAGAUACUCGAGCAAUUCUCGAUACUAAUUAUCAUUUAUUUAUUCAUUCCGAUGGAUGUCCGGCUAGUGGAGAAGAUAUGGAAUUGAUGGAUCUUGCAGCGAGAGCAAAGGCGAAGAAUUUUCUAGCACAUCCAGCUUGUCAGCGAGAAAUUGAUUUUCGAUGGCAACCUGGUUUCAAGUUAGGUCAACUAUCAUUCUGUUUAUUUUUUCUAUUUCCUCCGUUAUUUUUUCUCCGUGGAAGGCAGCGAAUCAAGAAACGUGAGAUCAAAACAAUGGUAUUGAAUUUGAAUCAAGAUGGGUAUAUGAUGGCGGUGACACGAAGGUAAGCAAUAUAUUUUAUUAUCAGUAAACAAAAAUUUGGAACAAUUUUUCGUGGACAAAUCAAUCACAUCAUGAGUUGAUGUUGACUUACUGAUAAACCAAAUGAAAAAUACAAAGAAAAACGUUCUGUUGAUUCAGCACAUUUCUGAUACGAGUAUACAACUUUUACACAUCCCCCAACUCCAAAUAUGUGAUUCACACGUUGUUUCGAAUGUUCUAUGUGGGAUUUUAUGCGUAUGUUUUGAUGACGAUGACAAGAAAAACAAUGGUGAUGAAUGAAUUACAUGAAUUCUGGGAUGAGAUGAUCAUUUUUGUUUGGCAAUGCGCUUAUUUGACAGAAAUGGCUGUUUUGGUUUAUAAAAAUGGAUUUCAUCCGUGGGCACAGAAUAAUACAGCGGAUUUAUAUCGAAAUUAUUUGGUAGCGUUGACGUUGAUUGCGUGGUCUGUAGCUGUGAUUAGCCCUCCAUCAUGGUUAGCUUUGCUUGAAUUUCGGAUAACUUCAACCCUGAUUUUUGCAGGCCGAUCCGUGCAUUUGCCAUCAUCGCUGCUGACUUAUUUUUCUACUUUUCCUUUGUGUUUGCCACACUCCGAUUGAUGAAAAUAGCAAAUGUUGAUGCAUUCUUCGGUUCUAUUGUUCUAAUGAUCAAGAAAAUGAUACCAAUAAUGGUUAAAUUCAUGUUUGUUUUCAUGGUUUUCUGGUUCACAUAUGCAGUUUGUCAUAUCAGUUUGGCAGGUCAUCUUAAAAGCACUCCAAAUAUAACAGAUGUUGUGUGGCCUUGGCUAAUUUUCAGUAGCGGGGCUUUUGAGAUUUUUGGCGAAGCUGAUGAUGAAGAUAAAUUGGGACAAGUUCAGAAAUGUACAAAUGCGCCGCUGAAUUGGGAUGUGUUGACAGAUUCGUCGGUUCAAUGUUGGUUCAAGGUAUCUUUCACCGGGAAUUUGAAUAGGAUUUUUAUUUUGAAUAAAUGACUUUCAGACAUCGAUGAUCCCAAUUUUCCUAUUCUGUUAUAUGUUGAUUUCAAGUGUACUUCUAGUGAAUUUAGUCACUGCUUUAUUAUCGUAAGUACUAACCAAUUUUGAAUUUGAACAAAUAAUUGUUCCAGGAAAAAAUACGAUGAUAUUGAUAAAGUUUCACAUAUUUAUUGGAAAUAUAAACUUUAUAGUCGACUUAUCGAAUAUGAGGAAAAAUUAUGGAUCCCGGCCCCUUUGUCCCUAAUUUUCUACAGUUUGAAACUAUCAACUAGAUUUGCAACUAAAGUUCCAAUUUUUCGUAUAUUUGCAAGGAUAAUUAUUCGAAUUUUGAAAUGUUUUGAAGGUCAUAAUUAUGCAAAAGAUCGAAGAGAAGAACGAAAAACCGAAGCAAAAUUUCGAAAUGAUUUGGAAUAUGAUGAAGAUAUGCCAACUGAUGUUGAUCGAAAAGGUGUUGAAUUGGUGAAAAAACAGAUGGAACUUAUGGUAAAUUUCAUAGUUUAUAUUGAAAUUCGCAGACUUUUUCAAUUUCAGGAAGCGACUCGGAAACGUCAGAAAUUUGAAACAGCUACGAUUCGGCAGCGAUUUGAAGACAUUUUGAGCGAAUUCGAAAAUAAUUGUAAAUUAAGAAAAAACAGAUCUCAAACUAAUAUCUCUUAACUUUUGAUUAAUUAAAUAAUUAUAUUCCCGAAGAAUAAUAAAUCAUUUUGAAAAUUGAAACUAUCAACUAGAUUUGUCAAGAAAAAUUUUGAUCAGUUUGAUAAAUCAACAAUUAAUUAUAAUUUUUGAUAAAAUUGGAAACAAUGUAACAAGAGUUUUUGAUUAUUUCUCACUUAAUAAUUUAGAAUCAAGAUUCAACUUUCCAGAAAUAAUUUUUUAUUAAUAAAUCGAAAUAGAAAAAGUUAUUUACUCCAAGUCAAAAAUAAUUCAUAAUAUUUUGUUCAAACAAACUGUGUUACCAAGUUACCAACCGAGCAACGCCGGAAAAUACUUCCCAAAAUUUCAGCCAAUUUUAGCCAAGUUCCAAAAACACACAAUUUUCUCACCACGUCGAUUAAUCUUUUUUUCUUUCUUUUUUUUUGCAAGGCAAAAGAUAUAUAUCUGAAACUCAAUCUUUUUCUUAUAUUUUUUGUUUUGUUUUUUUUUGUUUAUAUUGUUCUCAAGUUAUAUUAUAUAUUUUUCUGUCAAAAAUAAAACAAAAAAUUCAAUUUUCAGUUGAUGAUCGAGAACGAUUAUCGGGUAGAAAAAUAUGCAAAUUGAUUUUUUUCGCUCUCCAUAACUCGUCUAGAAAAAUAACAGAAUAUUCACAUUUUUUCCAACGAAAUUUUAUGGCAUGCUUGAAAAAAGAGCUACUUUUAUUUUUCAAAGAUCCGUUGAGCAGGUGAGCAUUUUUGUAUUACAAGAUUUAUGAAAUUUAAACAAAAAACAUAUUUUUCAGAUUCCUAUGGCAAUACAUUUUCCCAAUUCAAUUUAUUCUCGGUGUUUUGGGAAACUCUUUGAUUCUUUGGGUUUUGGCAAGUGAUGAAGUUCCAAAUAUUGCCAGCGAUAUGUUGGCAGCUGUUUCAUUUUGUGAUCUAUCGUUUUUAUUUAUCAUGUUACCCCAUUUUUUAUCGUCAUUUGAUACAUUCGCAUAUGAUUCCGGGUUUCGCUAUUUUUAUUUUAAUGUCAAAGUGCAUUUGGAGGCGCUUGCUAAUUGGAUGAGUGCUGCUGCAAUUUGGUGAGAGACAAUUUUUUUCUAAAAAAUUUGAAUCUUGAAAAUUUUAAAAAUUAUGUGCUCAAAAUCUAGGUUUACACAGAUACUGUCAUUUUUCUCUAUUUUUCAGCAAGGUUUGAACUGCACAUAGAAAUUUAUGAAUAAUCAUUUUUAAACUUUGAUUUUUUGAUUUUUGGAACUAAAAGUAGCAGAGAUGCAGAAUUUCGAUGGUUGCAUAAGUCACUCACAAAAAGACACAAUUUUUAAAAAAAUUCUGAAAAUUAUAAUUAACUGAAAUUUGCAAAACUUUUGCGUUUCAAAAACAACCAAAAAAUUUUCAUGAAUUUUGAAAUAUAUCCUGAUGUUCCAGGCUCAUUCUGGCUGUUUCAAUCGAAAGAUAUCUGAUAAUAAGAUCACCUCUCCGAGCAAAAUUAUAUUGGAAACGAGCCAGAAUGGUUAUUGUUUUAUCAACAAUAUUUGUCACGACCGGACUUCUCACAAUGUAUCAUUAUUUCGAAUUCGAUUGUGUGAUCACUGAAUUUUGCAAUGGUACACAAUUAUAUCAUUAUUGCUCAUAUUCUGGAGAAAGACAUGCAGCUACUUAUAAAAAAGAUGUGUAUGUAACACCGAGUGAAAUCGAAAAAUGGAUAUUGAUGUUUUCCAUGUUUGCCAAUGCAGUUUUUGUUGUGUGUCUUCCGAUUGUAUUUGUUAUUAUUUUGAAUAUUCUUAUGAUUCAACAACUUCAUAAAAAUUGGACUUCUCCAAGAAUUGAAUCAUUACGCGGGACUAUUAAUCGAACUCAAAGUGUGAGUUAGCUUGUUUUUUUCAAACAUAAACGGAAAAGGAAUUCAAGAGUUCACAAAAUAUUUUUUUUUCUGAAAAUUUUCAUCGCUUAAAAUGUUCAAGGGAACUUGGUUUAAAUUUUUUCGAACUGAACUACUUUUUUUAAAGCCAGAAUAAGUUCACUUUUAAACAAACUCGACUCAAAAUUUUCCUAAUUUUGCAGAGACAGCGUCAACGUGUCACGGUUACUGUAAUCGCAAUCGGACUCUGUUUUUCCCUAACUCAAGGUCCAUCUGCUUUCAUUGUUUUGAUCAACCGAUUUGAGCUCAGCGAGACACAUUUUUUAUAUACAAAGUUUGUUUUCUUCCCCAUCCUUUUCUUAAAAAGAAAAGCACGUUCUAAAGAAAAUAACUUAUUUUUUCAGUAUAACGAACUCUUUGGUGAUCACUGGAAAGACGAUUAACUUCAUUUUGUUUUGUUUGUCGUCGACGCAUUUUCGUCGAAAAUGUUUUGUUUUGAUUUAUCGAAAAUUUCCAAAGGUCGUUUCUAUUGAACUUUCCGCUUUAAAAUCAUCAAAACAAAACAUUUCAGCUUUUCGAGAACGAAUUCGGUCAAAACCUUUUAGAUCAUCAGAGAUGUAAUUCAGUGGAUCGUUCUGCAUCACUUCGAACUCUUCGAACUUCAACGUCGAAUAAUCCAGCUCCUCAACCACUUUUAUCUUCCGAGUCUCCAGAAUCAUGUGCCAAAUGUUCUACAACUCGUAAAAAACCGACGAGAUCGAUAUCCGAAACGAGUCGACCACCAAAUUAUCGAAAUCGACAAGACUCGCAAAUUUCAGAUGGUUGA